GUGAACUGGGUGUAGAUGAAGGCAGCCUGUAUAUCGAGCCUCUCAGUGGCUAAUGAGCCUACGCUGUGUGUUCAUGUCUCUGCAAUCAUUGCAUUGCUAGACUAGGUGAGGGAGACAUUUCAUGUCAAGCCUUUUCUUCUUUUGUUCCCCAGCAUCAGGCUGUGAGACUGAUUACGCUUUUGGUUCUCUUUCCCAAUCAGUUUCGGUGACGGUAACAAGAAGAGAGAGGUGGAGAGAGGGAGCCUGUGCCGGAGAUUCGCAGAAAGGGGAAAAGAGGAGCAAUGAGAUUCAGGGUCAGCUCUUUCUUCCCCCCUCCUUUUUUACCGGCAUCUGACAUGAUCUUGUUUUGGAGAUGUUUGCUGGGGGUGAAAAGCAAAGAGAGAGGCUUGUGUUCUUCCUGUCGUACGAAGAGCCAGAGUAAGACCGGGUGAAGGGGAAAAAAAAAUGCACGCUAUCCGGACUAGUCAGGUAAUUAUUGUGAGAUGGGCGCACAAAGCCAGGGAGCGUGCCGAGCUGUGGGCUUCAGAGCCAUGAUGCUGAGAGCAGCCCUGACAGUGCAACACAUGCAGUAGGUGGUAGAAGAACCGCCAUGGGUUAUAAUGGCAGCCUGAUCUUCAGAAACAGGAGUGAGAUCGGCUUCUAUCAGGCUGGGGCACUGGAAAUUAGGAACGUGUCUCAUUCUCAAGUCCUAUGGAGCAACCGCAGCAGCAGCAGUGCUGGGCUGAGCUACAGACAUUUCACCACCAGCGUUCAAGUUAUUAUAUUCAUUGGUUCUCUAUUGGGGAACUUUAUUGUCCUUUGGUCAACCUGUAGGACCACCGUACUCAAAUCUGUAACAAAUAGGUUUAUGAAGAACCUUGCUUGUUCUGGCAUCUGUGCCAGUCUGGUGUGUGUGCCUUUCGAUAUUGUGCUUAGCGCCAACCCUCAGUGCUGUUGGUGGAUUUACACCCUGCUUUUCUGUAAGACCAUCAAAUUCCUGCACAAAGUCUUCUGCUCCGUGACCAUCCUCAGUUUUGCUGCCAUUGCCUUGGACAGGUAUUACUCUGUAUUGUAUCCUCUAGAGAGGAAGAUAUCAGAUGCCAAGGCUAGAGACUUGUUGAUCUACAUCUGGACGCAUGCAGUUGUAGCCAGUGUACCUGUUUUCGCUGUGACUAAUGUGACUGACAUCUAUGCCAUGUCUACCUGCUCCCAGUCAUGGGGCUACUCUUUGGGUCACUUGGUAUAUGUCCUGGUGUACAAUGUCACCACUGUUCUAGUACCAGUUGCUGUGGUUUUCUUUUUUAUGCUACUCAUUCGCAGAGCACUAAGUGCCAGCCAGAAGAAGAAGGUGAUCAUAGCAGCCCUAAGGACACCACAGAACUCUAUAUCUAUUCCCUAUGUUUCUCAAAAGGAGGCUGAACUGCAUUCAAUGCUGCUGUCCAUGGUCCUGGUUUUCAUCUUUUGCAGCAUUCCAUAUGUGACACUGAUUGUUUAUCGCACUGUGCUCAAUGUUUCUCAUAUCUCAGACAUUCUAUUACUUACUGCCAUCUGGUUGCCUAAGGUUUCCCUUGUCACAAACCCCUUACUCUUCUUGACUGUCAACAAAUCUGUGCGUAAAUGUGUGGUGGGCACCAUAGUUCAACUUCAUCGGCGAUACAGCAGGAGGAAUGUGGUGAACCUGGGAUCGGUAGCAGAGGUGAAUUUGGAGCCCAGUGUACGGUCAGGGAGCCAGCUUCUUGAGAUGUUCCAUAUUGGACAGCAACAGAUAUUCAGGUCUGUGGAAGAAGAUGAGGAUAACGAGAUAAAAUUAGAGGCUUCCAGAAGCUACAAGCUGAAGGAAACUAUGCCCAGUGGCAGUAUAGAGGUGGAACAUACUCUGGUGCAAAAGCUAAUCCCACAGGGUGCUGAAUCGGCAGCUCAGGUGGCCCCUGUGAUGCCUGGAGAAGCGGAAAUCCUUAAUGACAAGUAUUCCGUGCAGUUUGGGUUUGGGCCCUUCGAAUUGCCCCCACAGUGGCUUUCUGAUAAACGGAACAGCAAAAAGCGUCUUUUACCACCUCUUGGAAAUACCCCUGAGGAACUUAUCCAGACGAAGCAACCCAAAUGUAAAACUGAGCGUAAAUUAAGCAGGAACAAUAAAGUUUGUAUUUUUCCUAAAGUAGACUCUUAGCCUAGCCCAAUCCCCCUCCUGCAAAUCUGCGCUCCAUUUUGUUAUUUAUGCCAAAUACUGUACACAACAGGAAGGAGAUGCGCAAUCAAAGUGUUCCUUAUUGCAAUGGACAGCAUGGAUACAUUGGAAGUUUUUUUUCCUGUGUGCUCUCUGUGCAGCUGUAAUAUUAUUUGACAAACCAGAAAAGAUAACUUCAUGCAUUUUUGGUGCUGGCAAAAGGCACCAGUUUAAAGGUAUACAGACUCCCUAUUUCCCUUCUAUUUCCAGCACUUGACAGUAUAUAAAAACAAUAGCAGUACUCCAGUGGUGCUUGUCCUGUUCAAACACACAGGGCCUCAGGUUCACUUUCAUAUGAUAGGUGACACUUUGGAAUGUGACUACAUCUAUGACGAUGUAAUAGUUAUGUCUUUGAUUCCUGUCAUUGCCAGUAUUUGUCUGAACACAAUGAAAUAAAUGUGGAAAUGUUUAAAAAAUUCACAUAUCCCUUCCAUGAACCAAUAAAUAUAAACCAGACUGUAUUUAGUACCAACUAUGUUUGGGCUUAGACAAUAAUCUGAAUUUUCAAUUUUAAAGUAGCACCUAAAAUGCUAGGUCUGCAUUUCAAAAUUUGCCCCCCUACAGGUGUCUUUUUUACCCUUUUAAUACAUGUUUUAGCAAAGAGGAAGGAAGGGGGCAUUUUAAAAAAGUGGUCUGCUUUAAAUUGUAAUUGCACAGGUUUUUUUUUUAUUUGUUCCCUAUAUU